AUGAGUUCCAGCUUGAUAAACUCUUUGGCAAAGGUGUAUGACCCAAACCCGUUGCAGAAGUUUGGGGCAAGGAAGCUGUCUCUUAGCAGCUCUGACAAGCCCCAAGCCCCUGCUCCUUCUGCGUCUUCAUCCCCUGUUUUGAAUGACCCGCUGCGCUGUGUGGAAAGCCGCAUGGACUCCUUAAGUUCUCAGAUGGAACGUCUCCUCAACAUGCAGCAAACCGUCCUGAUCAGGCUUGAUGACUUGUCCCAGGACGUGCAGGGAAUGGGCCGGGACUUGGCUCUGAUGAGGGAUGACAAGGGGGGCAAGGUUGGGAGUCGCCGCAGCUCGGGGGUGGAGGCGGCGUACCAUGAACUGCGCAUAGCCGUGGAGAGGACUGGGGACAGGGUGGACAGCCAGGGCCAAAGGCUGGAGACCGUGGAGACGAUUGUAGAGGGGACGCACCAGGUCAUCAGCUACAUCGGGGAAGUGGUCAAGAGCUCCCGGCUGGUGGAGCUGCUCUUUAAACAGCCGAGGAGAGGGGGCAAGAGGAAGGUAAAAGAUGCCAAGUCGAAAGAGGAGAAAGACAAAGCCAAAGUGAACGUGAAGGGCGCAAAAGUUCAGAAGAAGAGGAAACCCCUCGACAGAUCCGAUUCCUCCACCUCGAAUGAACCAGUUCUACCUGAAAAUGUGGAGAAUCUGAACCGGCAGAACGAGACCCAACGGGACGAUGAGCAGAAGUUGAUCCUCACUGCUACAGACGCGGCCCCCGCCCCGGCCCCCGUCCCGUCAGAAGAGAAACGGAAAAGCCGAGAGAAAGAGAAAGAGGAAGAGGAGUCUGCACUUGAGUCUGAGGCUGGGGAGGAGAAACUCAAACAGAAAACGCAGGGUCUCUCUCAGCAGGAUCAUGCAGCAAAGGAUGAUGGGAAAUCUGAAGAAGACAUUCCGGCUCAGAUCUGCACCACCACUGCACCGGCGUCCCCAGAAAGUAAUGAAGAUGUCGGUGAUGGGGCCUCGAGUAGCAAGAGGCGUGGCACAGAGGACGACCUGGUGAAGGACGAUUUAAAGAAGAGCCGAGUUGAAGACCACAACCAGGUGGAAGCAAGUGAAGAACCAGAGCAGCAGGCUUCCUCGUCCGAACAAGACAAAUCAGAAACAGAGGAGGACAAAACAGAAGAGGAGAAAGAAAAAGACUUUAACAUUGAUUUUAGUCCACCCCCAUCAGCUCCUUUUGACCACCGCAUUGUGACACCGAAGCCACACCAAAUUGCCACUUACUACACAAUCAACAGAGAGGAGGUGCUCGGGGGAGGUCGUUUUGGACAAGUGCACAAGUGCACCGAGAAUUCCUCUGGUCUGACGUUGGCAGCAAAGAUCAUCAAAGCCAGAAGCCAAAAAGAGAAGGAAGUGGUGAGGAAUGAGAUCCAGGUAAUGAACCAGCUCAACCAUGCUAAUCUCAUCCAGCUGUACGCUGCGUUCGAGUCCCGCCAUGACAUCAUCCUGGUCAUGGAGUAUGUUGAAGGAGGAGAGCUGUUUGACAGAAUCAUCGAUGAGAAUUAUAAUCUCACUGAACUGGACACGGUGCUGUUCAUCCGACAGAUCUGUGAAGGUCUGCAGCACAUGCACAAGAUGUACAUUCUGCACCUGGACCUCAAGCCAGAAAAUAUUCUUUGUGUUAGCAGAGUCACAAACAAAAUCAAAAUCAUUGACUUUGGCCUCGCACGAAGGUACAAGCCCAGAGAGAAGCUGAGGGUGAACUUUGGGACCCCUGAGUUUCUGGCGCCUGAAGUCAUUAACUAUGAGUUUGUUUCAUUCCCGACUGAUAUGUGGAGUCUCGGCGUCAUCACCUACAUGCUACUCAGUGGCUUAUCUCCGUUCUUGGGCGACGAUGACAAUGAGACGCUGAACAAUAUCUUGGCGUGUCAGUGGAACUUCGAGGAAGAGGAGUUCACAGAUGUCUCAGACGAGGCCAAAGACUUCAUCACUCGUUUGUUGGUGAAAAGCAAGAGCUGGAGGAUGAGUGCCACAGAGUCCCUCAAACAUCCCUGGCUCUCCAACCCUGAUCUGCACUUUAAACUCGACCAGAAGAAAACAAAGUGCCACUCGACACACGCGCCUCCACCCGAGAGCUAG